GUUUUGAAUUUUCUUCCUCAACCUGUUAUUUUCUCCGGGUAGUGUUUAGAGUACUAGCCCUGCGUGAAAAUUGUAUUAAAUUAUUCCUAGAAUAUGCAUAGGGAGAAGUUUAGUUUUCAACGGUGUGAAUUGAACGUUAUUUUGUUCAAUUAUCCACUCCGUUAUCCUCUACACACCAACACCAUAUCCGACGAAAGACCCUGAGAUGAUGAUUCCAAGUGAGAUUCCUCCUUCUCAGCUCUCCUCCUCCUCCUCCCCCUCAUCACACUUUGGGGAGGUUCCCUCGGUGUUUCAGCAGGCAGAGCAGAUGCUCCGGAACCAGCUGCUCCAUCAGACAAGUCAGCAGCAUCAACAUCAGCAACAACAGCUUCCUCAACUUCAUCCGCAGCAGCUUAGACUCAUUCAGAAUCUUCAACAUUUUACGAAAAAGGAACCAGUAAAGACAGAGUCCGAGUUUUCCCGUAAGGAUGUUCCCUCGUUACUACAGGAACUACAGAUCAAUGUGCUACAGCAAACCCAUCUCCUGCAGCAAGGAGAGAGCGCUAAAACCUCCGGUAUCCUUCACCAGCUUCAAAGUAAACAACAAGAGCUGACCGCUCAGCUACAGCUGGCCCAGCAUGCGCUCACCAUCAAUAUCCUCAUGCAGAAUCAGAAUAACGAGCAGAAGCGAGACAGACAUAGAAGUGAUACAUACAGUAGUGACGGAAGCUUAAAAGAAAACCAAUCUGAUAAUCUGAAUCCGUCCCCACCUACUAGAAAUAAUGGACACCGCAGUAGUUCGGACGAAAACACUCCGGUAAAAGAAGAAGAGGAGGAUAACCUACUUUACGUAAAACAACAAUGCCAGUGGCCAGGAUGUCGCAGAGAAUGUAGUUCAUCCGCGGUCUGGAGAUUACACAUGGACCAGGAGCACGGGUUUAAUGAGAAGAGUACAGCUCAAGCUAGGGUUCAGAUGCAGAUUAUAUCUCAGCUGGAGAAUCAGCUAAGACGAGAGAAGGAUGUGCUCACAGCAAUGAUGAAACAUCUCCACCCUGACACAGAGGAUGAAAGAGAACGAAGGAGUCCUGUCGCGAAACGAAUGAAAACUGAAUCUCCCGUCCAAGAGUCACAAGGAGGACGUUUGAGCUUACCAGAGCUGAUGAAAUCUCAAAAUCUUUCUCAAUACAGCAAUCCCUUGACACAUUUAAUGAACCUUGCCCCCACCACGCCCUCCCUCUCCCCCCUAGCAGCGCUCAGCUCCGCCUCUAUUGGUCUACCAGCCACGCCUACCUCAACCCACGUCAGACACUCCUUUUCCGAUAAGUCUCCUUAUUCUCAAAACAUGAUUCCAGAAAGCCAUCGGAGACGUGUGACACAUCAUGAUCGCGGGAACCCUAAUCUCGAUCCCGAGGAAGAUCUCGCUAAAAACCGUGAAUUUUAUCGAGUGCAGGAUGUGAGACCCCCCUAUACAUAUGCUGCUCUUAUACGCGCGGCAAUUCUUGAAGCUCCAUACCAACAGUUGACUCUGCACGACAUUUAUAAUUGGUUUACGUCAACAUUUUGCUUCUUCAGAAGAAAUGCAGCAAGCUGGAAGAAUGCUGUCAGACAUAACCUCUCUCUGCACAAGUGCUUUAAACGUGUUGAGAACGUGAAAGGUGCAGUGUGGACAGUGGAUGAUCUAGAAUAUCAGAAGAAAAGAAAUCCUAAAGGAAAUAACCAAUGGACUAGUGCGCUUGAGAGCCCGAACGCGCACACCAGUCCGUCUCUGUAUGAGGGCGCGUUUCGUUUGGAAACAACCGCGCGCCCCUCGGACAUGUUCUCCGCGGGUUUGCACGCCACCAUGCUCAUCGGGUCCUGCAAGGGGGAGAACAUCCAUGACGAGGACUCCCCCAUGUCCUCUCCUGUGGACGAGUCCUACAAAAUCCGAAUAGGACCUCGGGGUUCGUCCUCUCCAGCCUCACACGACGGCGAGGACUGUAAGCCUGAGCUGGAGGAGGACGGAGAAGCUCAGGACCUGACUGUGUCUUUAAACCACCUCCAGGACGAGGCUAUGGACGAGGACAAAACUAAAAUGAAUUUAUACGAGGAUGAGGACGCGUCUCUUCAUUGAAAAACUCAGUUUAGUAAAUUUGUGUCAGGACAAACCAAACCUCUUCCAGCCAUUCGUUCUUUAUCCCUGGAACCUAGAAUAUCCUUAUGAUCCUUAGUACCCGGAUAUCUAUAAUCUAUAUCCAUAUGGAACCAAGUACCCGGAUAUCUAUAAUCUAUAUCCAUAUGGAACCAAGUACCCGGAUAUCUAUAAUCUAUAUCCAUAUGGAACCAAGUACCCGGAUAUAUAAUUUAAACCUUAGAAUUUAGCAACUGCUAUGAAACUUUAUCUGGUGAACAAUCUGGUGAACUUUCUUCUGGUGAUAAUUAACCACUUAUAUUUAUGUACACUGUAAAAUUGUUUGAUAAUAAUGGAUGACAGUGCAAAAAUAGUUGUUUUUAUAUAGUUUUCUACCAAACAGUUUUCUAACCUGCAUUUAUCAAAAAAACUUCCGUAGCAUUUAAAAACCGGUGAUUCCCCAUAAGUACAUGUAUCUUUAAAUUCGGGUACAGCAUUUAUGUACGCUUAUGUACAGCAGCCUUGUUAACUGUACACUGUGAGCUUUAGCCUAAUAUAAUGUGUCCACCUCUAGUAUAUAUAUAAUAUAUAAAAUAUUAUCUCAUAAUAUAAAUUAAUCUUGCAA